AUGAUCGCCAAAUCUGUAGAUCGCCAUGAAUCUGCCCUAGAAGUUUUACUUCGAUAUUAUGAUCAGCUUGUUACCAUUGAGAAUAAAUUGCCAGUGUCAGAAAAUCAGAUCAGAGUUCAGUUUAAAUGGAGAGAUGCAUUUGACAAAGAAUCUUUAUUCUCUGGCCGAAGAACCCUUGCUAUUGCAUCAGGCUUGUAUGAGAAGGUGUGCAUACUGUUCAAUAUUGCUGCCUUGCAAAGUCAAAUUGCAGCCACACAAAACCACGACAGUGAUGAAGGACUUAAAGUAUCAGUCAGGCUAUUCCAGCAAUCAGCUGGUAUUUUUGGUCACCUGAAAGACAUUGUCUUAUCCCACAUCCAGCAAGACCCAACUCCAGACUUAAAUCCUGACACCUUAGCUGCUAUCAGUGCCCUAAUGUUGGCCCAGGCUCAGGAGAGCUUCUAUCGGAAAGCCACAGCAGAUAAAAUGAAGGAAGCAAUGAUUGCCAAGUUGGCCUAUCAGUGCUCUGAUCUCUAUGCUGAUGCCAUGAAACUGUUGCAGCUGCAAACAAUUAAAGAGCUUUGGCCAAGAGAAUGGAUCCCAGUGGCUGUAAUGAAGCAGGCUGCAUUUCAUGCCCUGGCAGAAUAUUAUCAAAGUGUUGUUGCUCAACAGAAAAAGUUAUAUGGAGAAGAAAUUGCCAGAUUGCAGCAUGCAGAUGAACUAAUGAAGGCUUCCCAAACAAGAGGAAGUGGAAGCUUCUGCUUCCGUGCUGAACACAACCGAAUCUUGCGUGCUCUUGAAGCAGCCAAAAAGGAUAAUGACUUUAUUUAUCAUGACAAGGUUCCAGACACCAAAUCCUUGCCACCAAUUGGAAAAGCUCCAGUGGCAAAACCUAUUUUCCCUUCUUCCCCUUUGAGUUCUAACUUUAUAGAUCUCUUUGAGAAAUUGGUUCCAUUGCCUGUGCAUGAAGCAAUGGUUAGCUUUGAGAAUCGGAAGAAUCAAAUAAUCAACCAAGAAUGUGGUCGCUUAAAGGAGGCUACACAACUGCUGAAUGGUGUACUAGCCUCACUCAACCUUCCUGCUGCUAUUGAAGACCUGUCUGGUGACAGUGUUCCCACAUCACUGUUAGAGAAGGCUCAACAGCUGAGAGAUGGUGGAGGGGUUACUGCCCUUAACAAAAUGAUGCAAGACUUGCCUGAAUUAUUGGAACGUAAUAGGGAGAUCCUAAAUGAAUCGAGUAAGAUGUUAGAUGAAGAAGCCAACUGUGACUCUCAAUUAAGAGAACAAUUUAAGGAAAGGUGGACAAGAACUCCUUCCCAGAAAUUGACUGGGCCCAUGAGAAGUGAAGCUACUAAAUAUCGGCAAAUCUUAAACAAUGCCAUCCAGGCAGACAAGAUUGUGCAGGAAAAGUUUAACAAGCACAAAGAAGCAAUUAUGCUGCUGACAAAACCAGAGGAAGAGCUUCGAUCUGCUUUGCCCUCUGCUAAUCCAACAGCUGCCCUUAAGGACAGCAGUGUUGUCCAAGAAUUGCGCAAAUUAAUGGAAGAGGUUGAAACUAUCAAAGCUGAGAGAGAAGUUACAGAGAAAGAGAUCAGAGAUGCUACAUUUGAUAUGUCAAGCAAAUUCAUGCAUGCAAUGGCUCAAGAUGGUCUCAUUAAUGAGGAAUCUCUUGCUGUACCAGAACUCAAUAAAUAUUUUGGUCCUCUGCUUGGGCAAGUUUCUGAUAGUGUCAGUCGACAAGAGGCAAUCUUGAAUAAAAUACAGACUGCCAAUUCAGAGUUUUGUAAAGCAAAAGCCUCAAACCAGUCAGCUGGCAAAAGAGAAGCCAUGCUUAAAGACCUUGCUGCAGGCUUUGAUAUGUAUAUUGAAUUAACAGACAACCUCAAAGAAGGCACAAAGUUUUACAAUGAUCUUACGCCGUUAUUGUUAAGGCUUCAAAACAAGAUAUCAGAUUUUUGUUUUGCCCGUAAAACUGAAAAAGAGGAACUUUUAGCUGACCUUUCAAAGGAUAUUGUAAACCAACCUACACAACAGCCACCUCAAGCUCCUAAAUACCAACAAAACAGCACAUUGAAUACAUCUGACAAAAAGACCCCACCACCACGACCACCUCCACCCACUGUUAGUCAGGCAUACACACCAUCAGCUCCCCCCUCUAUUCCAUCUACUAGUGAACCUACUGCACCAGGUCAAGUAGGUGGCCCUCCUCCCUCAGGAGCAUCUCCUCCUGUAGCCCCUGGUGGUGGGAUCGCACCAGUUGCAGCCUCUGCCCCUGCCCCUCAGCCACAAGCAGGAGCUACAUCAUCUAAUUCCGCACAACAGCCACCACCACCUUAUUAUGGUGGUCAGCAACCUCCAAACUGGAAUGCUCCAUAUCCAGUUUAUAAUAUGAUGCCAAUGCCUUCCGGGUACAACCCAUGCAACCCUUACAUGAGCUACUGCCCACCAUCAUUCCAAGGGUACCCACCGCAACCCCAAUAUCCAUAUCCUGGACAGACCACCCAGUAUCCUCCGCAACAAACAUCUUUCCCUCCUCCUAAUUAUCCUGCUGGUUUUUCACAACAGCCUCAACAGUGGCCCUGA